ACCCGACCCGCUGCAUUAGUGCUGCAACUUUUUCAACUCUGUUGAGAGCCAAGACCCCCAAGAAAUGCAGCACCAUACAAGUAUAUUUUUCCAAUAACUCCCCCAAUUACAAAUCUAUCUUCUUGUGUGUGAGUUGUGACUUGUAAGUUAGUUAUUUGACCUACAAAUCGCACUUGCCAUUUUCUGAUCAUCAAAACUCAGCAAUUUAGGUUGAAAAAUCGAGAAAUCAGAAAAAUGGGAAGGGGAAAGAUCUCGAUCGAGAGGAUUGACAACUUGACAAGCAGACAAGUAACCUUUACUAAGAGAAGGAAAGGGUUGUUCAAGAAGGCUAAGGAGCUCUCCAUCCUUUGCGAUGCCGAGGUUGGAAUCAUUAUCUUCUCUAGCACCGGCAAGGUCUAUGAAAUUGCAAGUCAUUGCAUGCAGUCAUUGUUGGAGCGGUACUACAAAGCAAAUGAGGAGAAUCAAGUGCUCAAUCCUACUUCUGAGGCCCAGUUAUGGAAGGUUGAAGCUGAGGGUUUAAGGCAACAGCUAGAGGAUUUGAGGAAGAACAGCAGGCAGUUGUUGGGGGAAGAGCUUUCAGAAUUAAGCAUUGAGCAUUUGGAAACCCUAGAGGCCCAGUUGGAGAUGGGCACAAGGUCCAUUCGUUUAAGGAAGGAGGAAAUCUUCAAAAACAAAAUACAAGAACUGAACAAAACGGAGAUUAUGGUGCACCAGGAAAACAUGGAAUUGCACAAGAAGAUAAAUCUCAUGCGUCAAGAAAUGGUAGAAUUGCAGAAGAAGAAUGAGGUCAAUCAUGAGAUUAAUGACACCAAUAUGACCAAUUUAACUAUCCAGGUUUCUGGAGGACAAGGAAAGGAUGAUCAGGAAGGUGGUGGAGCCUCUAGCAGCGCGGCAUCAGCAUACGACACCUAUGAUCCCAUUGAGCUUAAGCUUAGCUAAUUAAAGACGUAAACGAGAUUAAUGGUACAAGCUUAGCUAAGCAAAGCCUUACCAAAAUCCAAGCUUAAGGAUCGGAGCAUAUUUUGAAGCCUUCCUCACAAUUAAGCGCAAGCUUAAUUAGCAUAGAGGAUAGAUAAUUUUCUAAAUGCAUAGACUAGACUUAUGAUUGAGUGGUUUGUAUCCAUUAUUAAGCCCGAUCAAGGCCCAAAGGGCUUUGAUGUUGGGUUUGGGCCGUGAGGGGAUGUUAAGUUGCAUGCCUGAGCCUAUUAUUGCUUAUUGUAUUUUUCUUUCCUUUUUAUCCUCAAAGUUGAAAACAAUGUUGUGGUUUUCAAGAGAAGUUUCAAGUUCUAUUAUGUGACAUUCAAUCGUGAA